AUGGACAGCAACAGCACCGCGUGGAGCUCUAGCUCUCAUCCUCCGUACAACCUCGCCGAGAUGGCGACGGUGUCUCCCACCAUCUUCCCUCGGUUUGGUUUCAGCAUACUUUCCUUCCUCAUGUUCAUCAAUACAGUGUUGACAGUUUUCAACAACGGCCUCGUCAUCACCGUGAUGCUGAGGAACCUGUCUCUGCUCCAACCGAUGAACGUCUUCAUCCUCAGCCUGGCCGUGUCUGACCUCAUGAUAGGCCUGUGCGGCUCCUUGGUCGUCACCAUCACCAACUACAAAGGCUAUUUCUUUAUUGGCCACACGGCCUGUGUGUUUCAAGGAUUUGCAGUCAAUUACUUUGGUUUGGUUUCCCUCUGCACUCUGACCCUGCUCGCCUACGAGCGCUACAUCGUGGUGUGUAAACCAAGAGCUGGUUUUAAGCUGAGCAUGCGGAGAAGCUUCAACGGACUCGUAUGCGUGUGGGUAUUCUGCUUGUUUUGGGCCGUGGCUCCGCUGUUUGGCUGGAGCUCCUACGGACCCGAGGGAGUCCAGACCUCCUGCUCUCUGGCCUGGGAGGAAAGAUCGUGGAGCAACUACAGCUAUCUCAUCCUCUACACCCUCCUCUGCUUCAUUCUCCCCGUCAUAGUCAUCAUCUACUGUUACUCCAAGGUGCUCAAAUCCAUGGAUAAGCUGAACAGGAGUGUGGAGCUCCAGGGUGGGCGUUCCUGCCACAAGGAGAACGAUCACGCCAUCAAUAUGGUCCUGGCCAUGAUUGUAUCUUUUUUUGUUUGCUGGUUGCCCUACACGGCGCUGUCCGUGGUAGUGGUCGUGGACCCUGAGCUCUACAUCCCUCCGCUGCUUGCAACCAUGCCCAUGUACUUUGCCAAGACCAGCCCUGUCUAUAAUCCCAUCAUCUACUUCCUCUCCAACAAACAGUUCCGCGAUUCCACCCUGGAGGUGCUGUCGUGUGGACGAUACAUUCCCCAUGGACCCACUAGUGUCAGCUUCAACAUGCAUAGCUUGAACAGGAGGAGCCAUGUGAUUCCCUUCAACAGGAACAUCAACAUGCAAUGCAGGGUUUUGCCUCUGUGACUGUCUCCGCUGUCGAAUGUCGGUGCCUCGGC